AUGACGAGCAAGAUGGAGGUCACACUGCAGGAGAAACCCCCUACAGUGAGCUGGGGUGCCGUCAAACCGCUCCGGGAGGGGCAGGUGGAUGUUGCUGAUCCGACUGGUCUGACCUUCUCUGUCUCUCUUCUCUCUGUGUGCUCAGGAUGCCUGGAGUGCUGCAUCAAAUGCCUGGGCGGCAUCCCGUACCCGUCGCUUAUCGCUACCAUCCUGUUGUACGCCGGGGUGGCGCUGUUCUGCGGCUGCGGGCACGAGGCCCUCUCUGGGACCGUCACCAUCCUGCAGAACUACUUUGAGGUGGUCAGAGGACCCGUGGAUUCCCUUGACGUGUUCACCAUGAUUGACAUCAUUAAGUAUGUGAUCUAUGGCAUCGCCUCAGCGUUCUUUGUCUACGGCAUUCUGUUGAUGGUGGAGGGCUUCUUUACCAGCGGAGCCAUUAAGGACCUUUAUGGAGACUUCAAGAUCACCACCUGUGGACGUUGCGUCAGUGCUUGGUUCAUCAUGCUGACGUACAUCUUCAUGCUGGCUUGGCUCGGGGUGACUGCGUUCACCUCCCUCCCCGUCUUCAUCUACUUCAACAUCUGGACCAUUUGCCAAAACGCCACCAUCCUGGAGGGAGUCACUCUGUGCCUGGACCCGCGCCAGUAUGGUAUUGUGCCAGUUGGGGAGGGGAAGACUGUAUGUACUGGAUCUGACAAGUUUUACAAAAUGUGUGAAUCAAAUGAGCUGGACAUGACAUUCCACCUGUUCGUUUGUUCCCUGGCUGGUGCUGGAGCUGCUGUCAUUGCUAUGAUCCACUACCUGAUGGUGCUGUCAGCCAACUGGGCCUACGUGAAGGACGCGUGCAGGAUGCAGAAGUACGAGGACACCAAGUCCAAGGAGGAGCAGGAGCUCCACGACAUCCACUCCACCCGCUCCAAGGAGCGUCUCAACGCCUACACAUAA